UUGGAGAAAUGUGUGAAAGUGAAAAAACGUAUUUCCAUGCGUGUGUUCUGGAAACUUUGGCCAUUCUGGGUUUUCUGGCCUUUUUCCUGUGGCUAAUUUUUCACGUGAAAUCCCCUAGUUAUACCAUUGUGGAUAUCACCAUCCCAAAGUCUAGUUUAGAGAAUGGGGGUCAGAAUGGCUAUAUUGUAUAUGCCCUUGAAAUUAAAAACUGUAACACAUACUACAGUAUUUACUAUGAUACCUCUCUCUUGACGUUCAAUUAUGGGCAGGAUAAAGUUGCAGAGAAAACCAUACCUCCUUUUCAUCAAGGAACUGGCAGAAGCAGACGGCGUACAGUGAUUGAUUAUAUGGAUGCCAAUCCAAAAGUGUGGAGAGCUGUUCGUAAUUCAAUAUCGAAUGCAACUGCAGAAUUGAAGGUGACUUUACUAACUAGGAUUCGAUACAACACAUGGGGAAGCAAGAGACAUCAUGUGCUAGACUUGCAAGGUUUGUUACCAAUAGGUAAAGACGGCAAGCUUUCUGGUAAGAAGAAGAAAAUCAAGCUAAGAUAUGCUUCCAAGAAACUGAGGACAAAUAGUCUUCGAUAUUAGGUAUUUCAUCUAACCUAGUUUACAAUAUUCUUGAUUUUAUUUCUGUUCAUACCUUCUGU